UAUUCUGCUGAUGAGACUGGGAGACAAAGCUAGGUCCCUACCGCGGUCCCAACCAUUCUUUGGGGAGAAUUGUUUGGAGCAAGGCUUCUUUGGUACAGAGAGCUUGAAACUUGAGAAGGAUGAACAAUCUCUGAUAUCAAGCUUAGAGGACAACAUGCCAUUCCUGCAGAUGCUUCAGAGUGUAGAAUCCCCACAAAUUUCCCCCUUCAAAGAGCCAAGCUUUCAGACACUCAUAAGACUGCAGCACCUGAAGAAGCCAUGGGAAGGGAUAGCCUGCAUACCCAGAUUUGAGACCCAAGAGCUUGAGAGCUGUGUCACCAAUGACCUGGUGGAGAUGCAGUCACCAUUGAAAUCCGAAAGCAAUGACCUUCAACAUCCGCAUUCAAUAGCGACCCAGUGCAAUCAAGAGCGACCCAAAUCAGCUCAAGAUUGUAGCAAGGAUGGUAUUGGAGAUUCUGCUGCUGUUUGGGCUAACUCACAAUCAUGGCAUAAAGGCACCCAGACCCAGUGCCCCAAAACUCAGCUAGCUACGCGGGAACGGCGAAAGAGAAAGAGAACGAGACAAACCAAGAACAAGGAAGACGUUGAGAACCAGCGAAUGACACACAUUGCUGUGGAACGCAACAGGAGACGCCAAAUGAAUGACCAUCUCAGUGUCCUCAAGUCCCUCAUGCCCCCUUCCUAUAUUCAAAGGGGUGACCAUGCAUCAAUCAUUGGAGGCGCAAUAGACUUUGUAAAGGAAUUGGAACAGUUACUUCAAUCCCUUGAGGCACAGAAAAAGAUGAGAAAGAACGACUAUGUCGGUUCCAGUGAGUUGUUUGAAUUUGAACCUGGUUAUGAAAUGAGUUCAUCCCCGAAAGAAGCAAAGUGUGGGGAUGAGGUUAAAGAAGCAAAGUGUGGGGGUGAGGUUAAGGCAGAAAAAAAGUCACAGGCAGUAGCCGUAGAGGUCACUGGGAUACAAACCCAUGUGAACUUGAAAAUUCAGUGCCAAAGGAGACAUGGGCAAUUGAUAAAAGCUAUUGUUGCCUUGGAGGACCUUAGGUUAACUAUUCUGCAUCUUAACAUCACAUCCUUAGAGGCUUCGGUUCUCUACUCUUUCAAUCUCAAGAUUGAAGAAGACAGUAAGAUAGGCUCAGCAAGUGAAAUUGCAGAAGCAGUUGAUCAAAUAUUUAGCUCCAUUAAUGGCAUCUAAAGCUCACUGGCUUGAACAAUAGGGAGUGGGUAGCAUAGCAGCGGAAUAAAGGACGAAACUUUGCAAGACACAUGGUAGAAUAGAAUGGCUGGG